UUUUAGUUUAGGAUAUCGCUAAGCUAAAACGUCUCAAAUUAGGUCGCAACGUCAUUUAUCCAGCCCGGGUGCUUUAUUCUAACCUACGAUCAUUACUCAUUACCCUCUUAUUACUUGACGUUCUUACUUAACGUUUUACCGCAAUUAAUCAACCUGUUUAUUUCGGAUAUGCGUAAUGGAAUUUAAGGAGCCAUUCCCAGCUGUAGUCGCUCCUCCUAUCCCCCCUCACUCUACAGAUACAAGCACUGCGGUACAAACCACGGUUCUGGGUGUUAGUAUCUUCCAUCCCGGAUAUCCCCAGGGCUAUUUCCCAUUACUAUACUUUCCUGCCUUGGACGACGAUGGCAUCGAUUAUAACCUGGCAUAUCUCGCAUGUUGCAUAUUGGUUGGGAAUACGUGGCCUCGUAAUGGAAAUGAUGGAAACUGUCCAUAUUUAGCCGAGACGUCUGAUCCAGGCGCGCGUCGCAUCACCUGCCCUCCCGACAGUGUUCUACGCAAGAGCUCUUACUACCUCUUUGUUCCUGCGUGCCCAGAAGCUCAAUACCCUAUUACGCCGAACUUUAGUAACUGGGUAUUUCCUCACGAUGGUCUACCCGAGAUCUGGAGUAAUAUCGAAAUCCUCCCCGUCCCUUGGUAUAAGGCUCAGACCUUGCCACGGGCAAGCGCCGACGCUAUUGCUACACGCGACGAGUGUUGCCGUAUUACACAGGCAUUUUGCGGAAAUCAAUACGCCCACAUCAUCCCUCGGUCCGUGAAGAAUUGGUAUCCCAUGAAUGAUAUGGCGCAAUAUUCUUACGACCCAUCUACUCGGGUACCGUUAGACGACUUGGCUAACGGUUUACUACUUCGUUCUGACGUCCAUCAUAUGCUCGAUCAAACGGAGCUACUCAUAUUCCCGAAGUAUACCGGUGAUAAGUAUGAGUUGGUGUUACAUAUCUUGCAUUCGCGGCCCCGUUACCUCUUCGAACAGCGAGCGUUAUAUCAUAAUCGCAAAUUGCAUACUCUCUACGGUGUUUCCCGCGAAUUCCUAUUCGCUCGCUUUGCUUGGUCUAUAUUUCAAGACGACACCUUUCGCAUCUUUCAAACUCAACGGAGCCCGUUCAAGCUUCUAAUACGGGAUCUGUCGGCUCCCGGUACCGAUCCGAAGAUUAUAACGAAACAUGCCGGCUCAGCAAGUCAGGUUAUGGAGCUAUCCCCAUCGUUCGCCGAGGUUGGUAGUAGGAAGCGCUCCCGAGGCGAGGUUAACGAAGAAGGAUGUCGCUGGGUGUAUUCCGUUAGGAAAGAACGGAUGGUAUGUUUAACUGAUGAAGAGGAGGAGGAGGAGGAGGAGGAAGACGAUGAUACCGAUACCGACGAAGAAGAAGAAUCUAGGCCUUUUAAAUUUGCUCGGCCUAAUAGCUUAGAUGCGUAUGUACCACCGCUAUUAUCUUCUUCUAACUCUAGCUCCAACGAUAGCAACGCAAGUAAUGAGCAUUUGGAUAAAUCUCUCUUGACAGAGAUUCCGAAACCUUAUUAUAAUGCUUCUACAAAGCGCUUCUUUCCCUUGCAGUAUAGACGUUAACUGUUGAAUGGUGAUAAUUAUGAUAAGUAUUCUUUAUGGGUUAUAGGGAUGGGUAUAAGAAUUUAUAUGCUAAGUUAUUUAACUGGUUUGGUAUUUGAUUAGUGUGUUAACUUUAGUUACCUACUUAGAUAGAUGAGUGAUAUGUAUAUGUCUUAAUAUAACCUUAAUGAUGAUG